AAAGGAUUGCAGAGGCUCGAAGGUCCAUCAAGAGCUUGCAGGAAGUCAUGGUGAUCCUCCUCGUCCUCCUGGCGUUCUGCCUCUCUGCUGUGGACGGACAGUUCCCACGAGUCUGCUCUACGGAAGCCGCCUUUCACACCAAGACUUGCUGUCCUCUUUGGAGGGACAAAAGCCUGUGCGGUUCUUUGUCAGGCCGAGGAAGAUGUAGAAACUGGUCGACUUUAUAUGGAAAUAAGAUUCCCCUGAAUAACGAUGAUCGUCUAGACUGGCCAAGGUACUACUAUGAAAAUACGUGUGAGUGCCAUGGAAACUACAGCGGCUUUGACUGUGGAGACUGUAAAUUUGGCCAUCAUGGAGAGAAAUGUGACCGGAAAAAAGUGGUGGUGCGGCGGGAGCUCCGGGAACUGACCUUUCUAGAGCAGAAAAGAUUAUUCAGUUACUUGGCUCUAGCAAAGACCACCAAAUGCAGUGACUUUGUUGUCCUGAGCACCGGAGACCGCUUCCACCGGGAGACUUACCGCUUUGUAGAUGCCUCUCUCUAUGAUGUCUUUGUGUGGAUGCAUUAUUAUUCCAUGAAAGCCAUCCUUAUAAAUGGUACAUUUAACCCUAAUAAAAACUUUGCCCACCAAGGCCCAGCAUUUCCAGGGUGGCAUCGCCUCAAUCUCCUCUUCCUGGAGAGACAAAUUCAGCUGAUGACGGGAGAUGAAGAUUUCGCUAUUCCAUAUUAUGACUGGCGGGGAGAGAAGAACUGCUCCAUCUGUACAGAUGAACUGCUGGGCACCAAUGAUGCUCAGGGGGUCCUAAACCCAUAUUCCCACUUCUCUUUCUGGAAGGCGAUCUGCAGCGGGUUUAAUUUCCCCGAUGAAUAUUGUCCAUUGGCCGAUUAUGAACAGAAAAUGGAGAGAGUCCAUAGGAAGCCCGGAGCCACGCCCUCUGCGCCCAACCUGCCCUCCUUCCAAGACGUGGAGAACAUCCUGAAACUCAGCAGCUUUGACACCCCGCCGUACAACGACACGUCCCGACUCAGCUUCAGAAACGCCCUGGAAGGGUUUUUGUCACCAGAUGGGGUGACACUGAAAAGAAGUUUACACAACCUGGUCCACAUAUAUCUGGGGGGCACCAUGUCUCAGAUCCCCAUCUCCAGCAAUGACCCCAUCUUCAUCUUUCAUCACAGCUUUGUUGAUAAAAUCUUUGAGACGUGGGCCGCCAGAUAUGAGGCAUCUCCAAGUUUAUAUCCUGACAACAGUGAGAUUGGCCACGGUCCAGAUGACUGCGCCACGCCAUUCUUCCCGUGUUUUAAAAACCGAGAUCUCAUCCACAGGGCGAUGACAUUUGGGUACCAGUACUCCUCCUUCCCGGUGAAAUAGCGCGGGAGAAGAUCGGACAGUUCCUGUACAGAUAUGACAUAGUGAUUUAUAAUGACUCUUCUUCCAUAUUAUGUCCCUCAUUGUAAUAAUCUCCCAAAUAUCGCUUAUUAAGUCCAGAACGUUGGGACCAAGCACCGCGCUGUUUGUAGGUCAAUUUUCCACAUAAAGCCACCGCAGAAUCCAAUCAGCAGCCAGGGACAUGAAAUGCAAUGUGAGGAGAAACAUGUUUAACACAGACUCCGGACACCAUGAUUGUGGUAACAGGCAUCCUAUUGGACGCUUCUGAUCAGCUGGUAUAUUACCCCCAUCCACAUAGGACAUUGGGGAAGGUGGGGGAGAAUUGUAGUACAGGCAGGGACUGUCAGUAAAACAAAGUUAUGUUCAUCAUUAUUGUCUAUAAUAAGCAAUACUUCAUAGCAAAACACUUCAUAUUAGAGCAGGCAUUGCUUUACAGUAUUGCCAUAAACUACCUUCUACUGUUCAUCAUUGCUUGGUGGGGCCCAUUGGACUUCAUCUGCAGGAUAUCACACCAUCAGUGCUUGGUGGGGCCCAUUCCACUCCAUCUGCAGGAUAUCACACCAUCAGUGCUUGGUGGGGCCCAUUCCAUUCCAUCUGCAGGAUAUCACACCAUCAGUGCUUGGUGGGGCCCAUUGGACUUCAUCUGCAGGAUAUCACACCAUCAGUGCUUGGUGGGGCCCAUUCCAUUCCAUCUGCAGGAUAUCACACCAUCAGUGCUUGGUGGGGCCCAUUGGACUUCAUCUGCAGGAUAUCACACCAUCAGUGCUUGGUGGGGCCCAUUCCAUUCCAUCUGCAGGAUAUCACACCAUCAUUGCUUGGUGGGACCCAUUCCACUCCUUCUGCAGGAUAUCACACCAUCAUUGCUUGGCAUGCCCAUUCCAUUCCAUCUGCAGGAUAUCACACCAUCAGUGCUUGGUGGGGCCCAUUCCAUUCCUUCUGCAGGAUAUCACACCAUCAGUGCUUGGUGGGGCCCAUUCCACUCCAUCUGCAGGAUAUCACACCAUCAGUGCUUGGUGGGGCCCAUUCCAUUCCAUCUGCAGGAUAUCACACCAUCAGUGCUUGGUGGGGCCCAUUCCACUCCAUCUGCAGGAUAUCACACCAUCAGUGCUUGGUGGGGCCCAUUCCAUUCCAUCUGCAGGAUAUCACACCAUCAGUGCUUGGUGGGGCCCAUUGGACUUCAUCUGCAGGAUAUCACACCAUCAGUGCUUGGUGGGGCCCAUUCCAUUCCAUCUGCAGGAUAUCACACCAUCAGUGCUUGGUGGGGCCCAUUGGACUCCUUCUGCAGGAUAUCACACCAUCAUUUCUUGGCGGGCCCAUUCCAUUCCAUCUGCAGGAUAUCACACCAUCAUUGCUUGGUGGGACCCAUUCCAUUCCUACUGCAGGAUAUCACACCAUCAUUGCUUGGCAGGCCCAUUCCAUUCCAUCUGCAGGAUAUCACACCAUCAUUGCUUGGCAGGCCCAUUCCACUCCAUCUGCAGGAUAUCUGACGUCAUUGCUUGCUAGGGGCCAUUCCAUCUGCAGGAUAUCACACCAUCAUUGCUUGGCAGGCCCAUUCCACUCCUUCUGCGUGAUAUCAUGCCAUCAUUGCUUGGCAGGCCCAUUCCACUCCUUCUGCGUGAUAUCACGCCAUCAUUGCUUGGCAGGCCCAUUACACUCCAUCUGCAGGAUAUCACACCAUCAUUGCUUGGUGGGGCCCAUUCCACUCCUUCUGCGGGAUAUCACACCAUCAUUGCUUGGUAGGGCCCAUUCAACUCCUUCUGCAGGAUAUCACACCAUCAUUGCUUGGUGGGACCCAUUCCAUUCCUUCUGCCGGAUAUCACACCAUCAUUACUUGGUGGGGCCCAUUCCACUCCUUCUGCAGGAUAUCACACCAUCAUUACUUGGUGGGGCCCAUUCCACUCCUUCUGCGGGAUAUCACACCAUCAUUGCUUGGUAGGGCCCAUUCAACUCCUUCUGCAGGAUAUCACACCAUCAUUGCUUGGUAGGGCCCAUUCCAUUCCUUCUGCGGGAUAUCACACCAUCAUUGCUUGGUAGGGCCCAUUCCAUUCCUUCUGCGGGAUAUCACACCAUCAUUGCUUGGUAGGGCCCAUUCCAUUCCAUCUGCGGGAUAUCACACCAUCAUUGCUUGGUAGGGCCCAUUCCAUUCCUUCUGCGGGAUAUCACACCAUCAUUGCUUGGUAGGGCCCAUUCCAUUCCAUCUGCGGGAUAUCACACCAUCAUUGCUUGGUGGGGCCCAUUCCAUUCCAUCUGCAGGAUAUCACACCAUCAGUGCUUGGUGGGGCCCAUUCCAUUCCAUCUGCGGGAUAUCACACCAUCAUUGCUUGGUGGGGCCCAUUCCACUCCUUCUGCGGGAUAUCACACCAUCAUUGCUUGGUAGGGCCCAUUCCAUUCCUUCUGCAGGAGAUCACACCAUCAUUGCUUGGUGGGGCCCAUUCCAUUCCUUCUGCGGGAUAUCACACCAUCAGUGCUUGGUGGGGCCCAUUCCAUUCCUUCUGCAGGAGAUCACACCAUCAUUGCUUGGUAGGGCCCAUUCCAUUCCUUCUGCGGGAUAUCACACCAUCAUUGCUUGGUGGGGCCCAUUCCAUUCCUUCUGCAGGAGAUCACACCAUCAUUGCUUGGUAGGGCCCAUUCCAUUCCUUCUGCAGGAUAUCACACCAUCAUUACUUGGUAGGGCCCAUUCCACUCCUUCUGUGGGAUAUCACACCAUCAUUGCUUGGUGGGACCCAUUCCAUUCCUUCUGCAGGAUAUCACACCAUCAUUGCUUGGCAGGCCCAUUCCACUCCAUCUGCAGGAUAUCUGACGUCAUUGCUUGGUGGGGCCCAUUCCACUUAAUCUGCAGGAUAUCACACCAUCAUUGCUUGGCAGGCCCAUUCCAUUCCAUCCACAGGAUAUCUGACAUCAUUGCUUGGUGGGGCCCAUUCCAUUCCUUCUGCAGGAUAUCAGAAGUCAUUGCUUGGUGGGGCCCAUUCCAAUCAAUCUGCAGGAUAUCAGACUCCAUUGCUUGGUGGGGCCCAUUCCACUCCAUCCACAAGAUACCAGACGUCAUUGCUUGGUGGGGCCUUUUCCAUUCCUUCUGCAGGAUAUCAGACGUCAUUGCUUGGUGGGGCCCAUUCCACUCCAUCCACAGGAUACUAGACGUCAUUGCUUGGUGUGGCGUAUUCCAUUCCUUCUGCAGGAUAUCAGACAUCAUUGCUUGGUGGGGCCCAUUCCACCCAAUCUGCAGGAUAUCAGACGUCAUUGCUUGGUGGGGCCCAUUCCACUCCAUCCACAGGAUAUCAGAUGUCAUUGCUUGGUGGGGCCCAUUCCACCCAAUCUGCAGGAUAUCAGACAUCAUUGCUUGGUGGGGCUCAUUCCACUCCAUCCACAGGAUAUCAGACGUCAUUGCUUGGUGGGGCCCAUUCCACCCAAUCUGCAGGAUAUCAGACGUCAUUGCUUGGUGGGGCCCAUUCCACCCAAUCUGCAGGAUAUUAGACAUCAUUGCUUGGUGGGGCCCAUUCCACUCCAUCCACAGGAUAUCAGAUGUCAUUGCUUGGUGGGGCCCAUUCCACCCAAUCUGCAGGAUAUCAGACGUCAUUGCUUGGUGGGGCCCAUUCCACUCCAUCCACAGGAUAUCAGACGUCAUUGAGCACCAGCUGCAUGCUCAGCACACUAUAGCCGUGUUGUAACUUGCUGUAUAUGUUCAUUGCUGUGAAAAAUAAAAGCAGAUUCCUUAUUUA